GUAGCGUUUAUAAACUCAUCAACAUCUGCAGAGUCCUUUCUUUGUCAACCUUAGUAUUCAGACCUUUAUCUGCGCUCGUUGCUCAGGUUUAGUCCGCGAAGUUGGACAUAGGAUCAAAUCCAUCUCGACAAGUAAAUUCUCAGAUGCAGAAGUGAUUGCGUUACAAUGCACGGGCAAUCAGGUGGCACGUACUAUCUGGUUAAGUAAACUGCUCUUUCAUCAGGACACUGAAGAACCUGAAACGGAUGGCGAUGUACGCCUUUUCAUGAGGCAAAAAUACUAUGAACAGAAAUGGUUGGACCGCGAAAAAGCAGUCUCUCAUGUCAACUAUAUAAAAAAGGUGCUGAACGACCAGUUGGAGAAUAAAAGCAGUAAGCGCACGAGUACGCUGUUGACGACACCACAAGCGACGACCGCCACCACUCCCCCUCGUGCAGACACUAGGCCUACCAAAGUGAGUAUCAACACAGAGAGAACGGCACCCCUUCCUGCCCAGGCGGAACAAAACGCAUCACCGCUAUCACCCAACCGCUUGUUAAGUUUAAUCGAUUGCGACGAUCAUUGUAUGAGCCCUACGAGUCGUCAUAGCCUUCCUCCGAAGAGCAGCACCAUGAUCACUCGACCCAGCUUUCAGCCCACGCCAUCGUGGAUAGAUGAGCAUGUUCCCGUUGGAUUAAUACCCACGUUAAGGAACAACGACAGCAAGAACGAACAUUUACUUCCUAUCCAUAGGACGAGCACCUCGUUGAAUGCCAUCUUUACCUCGAGCGAUAACAACAAAAAUAGCGGCAGCAGUUGCAGCCAUGUCACUGCUGCCCCAUUACCCUCAUCGCCUACCGUCAGCGGCAACAACCCUAUAUUUAAGGAUCUAGCCCAGUUGAACUCGAUGGAUCAAAAAACAUCCUCCUCGUCCUCCGGAGGCAGUACCGGUGUUCUAAAACCGACGAGUACCUCCUACCACCACCAUCGACAUCAUAGCAGCAACAGUCCAUCUCCUACUAUCUCGUCUUCCUUCUCUUCCAUUACAAGCAUGCCAUCUACUCCGUAUCAACAACAACAGCAGCAGCAGCAGCAGACAUUUUAUUAUUGCAACCCAGCACAGCUCACUCAUUCUGAUCCUUAUGCAGCUUUACGCACUGUCACAUCAUCCUCUCCGCCAAACGUAAAUAAACAUGCAGCGCCUGGGAAAAUAGACAACGCUCACCUCUUUCGUGAUCUAGAUCCUUUAUUUCAUAAAAAUGUAUAGAAUCUAGCAAAGUCGAUUGAAAUUCUAAGGAACUUGAAACAUGAACAGUCAUGGUUUAUUUCUUGAAAAUUGAACAAAAAAA